UGUUCCAAGUACAACACUUUCUAACUGCGCUAUCCAACACUGAAAAAACCACACAUUUAUCAAAUCUUCAAACACGAAAACACAAAAUGGUAGAACUAGAGGGUUAUGUCGUGGUUCCACUGCGGACAACCCCGCAGGCCAAGUACUGCCACAGCGUUUACAUGCGGGAGCACUUCAUCCGGCUGAUGGAUCCCAACAAGCCCAAGGGUCGCACGCUCUUCCUGCUCAACAUUCCGCCCUACGUGACGGAGGACAGCCUGAAGACGGUCUUCGGCCGGGCGGGGACCAUAGAGGCCGUGGAGUUCGCCGCUAAGCCCGGCAAGGAGGAGACCAUAAAGUGGUACGAGGGCACCGGCGAGCCGUUCUCCACCACGCGUCCGCCCUUCAGCUUCAAGGUGGCCUACGUGGUGUUCCAAAAGAGCAGCAGCAUCGGCAAGGCCCUGGCCCUGAAGAGCAUCGACCUCUUCAACAGCAGCGGCGAGUGCAUCGUCCAGACCGGCAUGCAGCUGUGGCACGAGGAGUACGAGGGCAGCUACCUGAUGGAGACUCGGAAGGCGAAGCUACAGAUCAACAAGUACAUGGCCGGGUACGACAAGAGGGAGCGAGCCGCUGCGAAGGCGGCCAAGACCGGGGAGGCCGAUGCCGACGGAUGGGUCACCGUGGGCAAGGAGGGCCGCAACGCCGGCUUCGAGCAGAAGGCCUCUGUGAUCGGACGCCUGGAGCAAAAGGUGGCCAGGGAUCACAAGUCCAAGGAGCUGAAGAACUUCUACACCUUCCAGAUACGCGAGAGCAAGAUGCAGAACAUCGUGGAGAUGCGCAAGAAGUUCGAGGAGGACAAGCAAAAGAUCGCGCUGCUCAAGCAAUCGCGACGCUUCAAACCGUUUUAGUCAGUUCGCAUAGGUUAAGCUUCGAAUAAAACUUCUUUAUGAUACAGACCA